UGAACUAGACGUCCUCUCCACACUGAGCACACAUAACUCUGACAAGAAUGAACGCAUCCUUGCAGUUACCACACAUCUGUCUGGACAAAAUGCGGUUUUUUUAUUUUAAACGCUGCCUAUUUUAACGGAACAUAAUAUUUCCAAUUUGGGAUUGGACCACUAUGCGCAACGAUACGCACCUUGUAUUUUUUUUCUUUUUUCUAUUUUUUGCUUAUUACGUUAUUGAAGUUGGAAGUGUUGUGCGUUUGUUGACGGUUUUCGUGUGAUCCAGUAUUCGGGGCAGUCUAAUCAUAUUAGCGUAAAAGCGUCAUGUGCAUUCCAGUGCUUUGUGGAUAGACAAUGCAUUCUUCAGAAUGGGCUCAAACAAUGGGAAACAGUGCGGAAGCGAAGGUAAAGGAAGCUCCAGCAUUUCCUCCGACGUGAGCUCCGGCACUGAUCAUCCACCUACCAAAGCUCCCAGGAAUGUAGCUACCAGUGAAGACUCGGACCUGAGCAUGCAAACCCUCAGCACCCCCAGUCCUGCUCUCAUCCUGAACCAUAGCCCCUCCACGCUCUCUCCUCAAACCGUUCCCAAUGGCCAAGAUUCUCCAUCACCAUCCCCUGUUCCCAGGGAAACUGUUGCUAUGGUACACGCUCCUCCAGGAACACAAGGCUGCAAGCGUCUGCCCAAGACUCACCACACAGCAUUGGUCGACUUCCUCCCAGACCCCAUCCUCCUUCAGGUCUUCGCUCACCUCUCCACGCCACAGCUGUGCCGCUGUGCCCGGGUCUGUCGCCGCUGGUACAACCUGGCCUGGGACCCUCGCCUCUGGAGGACUGUCCGGCUGACCGGAGAGCUGCUCCAUGCUGACCGAGCCCUGCGGGUCCUCACCUACCGCCUUUGUCAGGACACCCCCAACGUAUGCCUGACCCUGGAGACAGUAGUGGCAAGUGGCUGCCGGAGGCUUUCUGACCGUGGCCUGCGUGUGGUGGCUCAGUCCUGCCCAGAGCUGCGUCGCCUGGAGGUGGCAGGCUGCUAUAAUGUGUCCAAUGAAGCUGUGUUCGAUGUGGUGUCAAGCUGUCCUAACUUAGAACACUUGGAUGUUUCAGGCUGCCCUAAAGUGACGUGCAUCAGCCUGACUGAGGAGACCUCCACGCAGCUUGCCCCUCUCCCAGGCCAGCAGAUCAGCCUGCGCUACCUGGACAUGACGGACUGCACCUCACUGGAGGAUGAAGGCGUGCGCAUCAUCGCCACGCACUGCCCACGCCUUACGCACCUGUACCUGCGGCGGUGCGUGCGCCUGACGGACGAAGCUGUUCGGCAGCUGGCGCUGCGCUGUACGUCUCUGCGAGAGCUCAGCCUCAGCGACUGCCGCCUGAUCGGCGACUUCGGCCUGCGGGAGGUGGCGCGCAUGGAGGGCCGUCUGCGCUACCUGAGCGUGGCGCACUGCGCCCGCAUCACCGACGUGGGCCUGCGCUACCUGGCGCGCUACUGCCCGCGGCUGCGCUACCUGAAUGCACGCGGCUGUGAGGGCCUGACGGACCAGGGCUUGGCCCACCUGGCGCGCAGCUGCCCCAGGUUGCGUUCGCUGGACGUGGGCCGCUGCCCGCUGGUGUCAGACGCCGGGCUGGAGGUGGUAGCACACUGCUGUUUGGGCCUUAGGAGACUCAGCCUGCGAGGCUGCGAGAGUGUGAGCGGCAGAGGGCUCAGGGCGCUGGCUACAGGCUGCCCUGAGCUGCAGCUACUCAACGUGCAGGAGUGCGAGGUGGCCCCAGAGAUGCUGAAAGUGGUCCGACGUCACUGCCGACGUUGUGUGAUCGAACACACCAUUCCAGCCUUUUACUGACUGUACGGUGUGAGCGUUGGCUUUUGACAAGCGGAUAAUUUUACUCUCCGUGACUUCAUAAUUUGUUGCUGUGGAGUGUAUGAGGUAUAAGAUGACGUGGUGUGUAAUACAUGCCUCUGUUAAAGUAGUAUGCAGUCCUUGCCAUUACAUGAUGUGUCUAAUAGUAUUUAUCAGACAAAAGGGUUACGAUACUAUAUAAGAUGGUAUUCUGAUGAAUGUCUAAUAUGUCUGUGUACUUUGCAUUCCAAUUUUUAAAAAAAAAUUCAAAUAAUGAACAUGAAAUAAUGAACAUGACCACUGUCCAGAGAUGCUUCUUUACCUUUUUCAAUCCAGAACAUUUAUAUUUUAAGCCUUUUUUAAGAGCAUUUGGAUUCUUUUGUCUUUAUAGAUUAUAUAUUAUACCUGUAUAGUACUUUGUUUUAUGUGGGUAUUUGCACUUUAAAAUUCAUCUAAGACAAUCACUAGCAUUGUAUUAAAAAGUGUCAAAAUAGCUUUCUAAAAGCCUUUUGUUAAAUCCUCCCUGAUAAAUUGGGAGUAUAGAGUAAGGGAACACAAGGGCAUACAGUCAGUAUUAUGGGGAUGUUAGUUUGAAGAAAUGAUACAAAGAAGCAUUGCUGCUACAAAUAAAGGGCUACUUAUUUAACAUGCUUUAAAA